AACCGUAUUAAAGUUGUUCUGCGAAACAGAAACACUUAUAUUAAUUUUUCAUCCCAUACUUAGUAGUAGUAGGCUAGUAGCAUAGAAAGUGGAAUAGCUUAUUUAUUUGAGGAAAUAUAUUUGAGGAAUAUAUCCCUGGAAAAUGGAAAUAUAUUUGGAAAGUGGAAUAAUUAUAAUAUUAUGUAGGUAUUUGAGGGACCGGUGGACGGUGGUAAUACUAAUCAAAACAGAACUCCACCAUUUGCGUUUAUAUCGCAUACGUCAGUAGACAUUAAAUAAUGAAAAGUCGUCCAGGUUUUCGUCCAGUCGUAAAGUCGUCCAGACCCUUGCCGCUGUGUGAACCGUGAACUCGAAUUGUGUUAUCUUCAAUAUCUCAUAUAAACACUACUGAUCUGCUGCCACGUUUAUCCAUGAAAAUCAAGUGGAAAAGAGUGAAAUCUGCGGUCCACCGUUCAGCUGACAAUGAGCAUGAGAUAGUGUUUACUGUGUAGCGUUUGCUGAUUACGAUUUUGCACGUUUUCGAAUCAAAACAGUCAAAGCCAAAAGUGGGAUUUUGACUGCAGUGCAAUAUGUACCGAAUACCUCGCGUGUUGAAUCUUGUGCUUCGUGGGUCCGUCAAUAUUCCUGGUGGCAUUAGGAGCAACCCAGACACGAUAACGAUGCUAACGAGUCGCCGGAGUCGGGCGCCCUCCUUUUUAAAAGUUUCCAGAUUUGCGUCUUCCUCAGCAGAAACACCAGCUAAAACGCCUUCCACCACUGAUCCUCCGCUAGCAGAAGGGACGCCUUCCCCUGCACCGAAGACCAGCCGAGAGAAAUUAAAAGCAGCGAUUCGGGAUUAUGGUUCCACUGUUCUUGUUUUCCACAUUGCCAGUGGAGUCAGUUUUCUGGGCAUGUGGUAUUUAUUGAUUUCAAGCGGUGUUGACGUGACAAGCGUGAUCAAAACUUUUGGACUUGAGGGAACCUUGGGGAAAUAUGCUAGCGGCGCCGGAACAUUUGUUGUGGCUUAUGCUAUUCAUAAGGCCACCGCUCCAUUACGGAUUGCUUUGACUUUGACCGUAUCGCCUUUAAUCGUCAACUAUUUGCGUAGGAAAGGAUUUAUGAAAAUCAAAAGUUAGAUUAAUCGUUAAUCGUUAACUGAAUGUUUUUACUGGAGGAAAAUUAUAUUUAAUUAUGAAUUGCAUCGUUGCGUUUUUUUAGCAUUUGACGGCACAUAUGAUCAGCUCUUUUUGUGUACUUCUACUGUUAAUUCCGUACGAGUACCCUAUUCCGGCUUUUACGCAAUAAAGUCACUCUCAUA